UUCGUUAUGACGAAAUUUUGUUCUGUUGUUUUCUAUUUGAUCGUGAUUUUCAGAGAUGCGUUUCUUUGUUUUCCCUUGAUUUGUUGUGUUUUCGCCGUUAAAUGUCAUGUUUACAUGUCGCAUUGAUCGGUAACAUGAGUGAUACAGAACAUAAACUCUGAAUUUUGCAGUAAAGUCCUUUCUUUUAGAUUCCGAGAUUUUUCUUGUUUGUGAUCAGAUUUUUCAAGUGUUAUGUUAGAGACUUAAAAAGGGACUUGAAAUGUUACUGUUUCUCAGUGCUUUGGUUAAGGUUUUGGGAGGUUGUAUUUGAGUGAAAAGAUGUUUUCAGCUCAGCAUAAGAUUCAUAAGGACAAGGGUGUGGAACUUUCUGAGUUAGAUGAGCAAGUUGCUCACGCUUUCUUUGAUUUGGAGAACACCAACCAAGAACUGAAAAGUGAGUUGAAGGAUUUGUACGUCAACUCGGCACUUCAAGUUGAUAUAACUGGAGGACGCAAGGCAAUUGUUAUCAAUGUUCCUUUCAGAUUGAGAAAAGCUUACAGGAAAAUCCAUGUUAGGCUUGUUCGUGAACUUGAGAAGAAGUUCAGCGGAAAGGAUGUAAUCCUCAUUGCUACAAGGAGGAUUGUCAGGCCACCUAAGAAGGGCUCAGCGGCAAAAAGACCACGCAACCGUACUCUGACCUCAGUUCAUGAAGCCAUUCUUGAUGAUGUUGUCUUACCUGCUGAGAUUGUUGGGAAGCGUACUAGGUAUAGACUCGAUGGUACCAAAAUCAUGAAGGUCUUCUUGGAGCCAAAGGAAAGGAACAACACUGAAUACAAGCUUGAGGCUUUCUCUGCGGUUUACAAGAAGCUCACUGGUAAAGAUGUCGUUUUUGAGUUUCUCAUAACUGAGGCCUAAGAGGUGAAAUGAAACUUAGGGAAAUCUGUUGUGAUCUCAGAUAUAUAAGUCCUCCUUUUGCUUUACUUUCUAUCUGUCAUGACAUUGAUUUUACUUCUGAAAAUGUGUACACUCGUUGAAUUUUCUAGGUAAUUUUGUGUUUGAUGGGCAAAGAACGACAAGUUAUAGCUUGUCCUUGGUGAUUUUAUGUUAUAACUAAUUUGUCUUGAGGGUUGAA